CGUUGUAAUUCAUGCCGAGCUCUGCCUUUCGUGUGAUGAAGGCAACAGAGCGAUGCCGGGGAGAUUGCUUUGCUGCACUCCACGAAGCAGAUUUGAAACCCGUCUUGGACCCGCUUUAGAUGAGAGUUGGAUUAUAGAGUGACCUGCGAUGUCUGUGUCAUAUUGUUCUGUGCAGGGUGCAUUAUACUGUGCUAACUGGGUGUUGGGUCUCAAAUUUGCGCGGUGUCCUUGAUGCGAUCUGUCAGCGAUGUCUCAUAUUUUUCAUACAGGGGGUUGUCGUGCAGGAAGAGCUGGGAUGAGGGCUAGAGCCAAAAGUGUCACAUUGUGAAGAUUUAAGCGACAACUUGAAAGGGCACCGAGAGCCCUUCUCCAAAAAAUGUCUCGGUGCUUCAUCCCCCAGUAUUCGUGUUGCAUUUAAUGCAUAACGAUGCAGUGGACCCCAGAGCACGCCCAGUGGGCAGAACAGCACUUUGACAUCACCUCCACCACCCGCUCCCCGGCGCACAAAGCCGAGGCCUACCGGGGUCACCUGCAGCGGACCUACCAGUACGCCUGGGCCAACGACGACAUCUCCGCACUGACCGCCUCCAACCUCCUGAAGAAGUACGCCGAGAAGUACUCGGGCAUCCUGGAGGGCCCGAGCGAGCGGGCCCUGCUCAGCUCCUACGCCGACGGGGCCCCGGGGCUCCUGAACGGCAGGAAGUCGGAGAGCGAGCCCUGGCAGGAGGCGGUGUACCCCAUGAACUGCGUGCCCGACGUCAUUUCCGUGAGCAAGGCCGGGGCGGCGUCGGGGCUCCCCCCGGCCGACGUCUCGGCCAGCAUGGGCGGCUCCCCCGGGGUGGAGCCCGGCUACUCCAGCAGCAACUGCGGGGGCCUCCACUCGGGGCUCCCGGCUCAGGAAUACGUCUCGGGCUACAACGGCUCGUACCUGCAGUCCGGCUACAGCGGGCAGCCCGCCUCGGCCCUCCCCUCGCCCCACCCCUCCCCCCUGCACAGCGCCGGGCUCCUGCAGCCCCCCCCGCCCCCGCCUCCUCCCCCGACCCUGGUGCCCGGCUACAACACCGGGUCCCCCAACCUCUCCGGCUACAACUACCCUCCCGCGGGGUACCCACCCCAGACUGCCGUGGCGCCCGGGUACAGCCCCGGCGGGGCCCCCCCUCCGUCCGCCUACUUGCCGUCAGGAAUCGCCGCCCCCACGCCCCUGCCUCCCUCCACCCUCCCCGGCUACACCUACCAGUCCCAUAACAUUGCGCCAAUUGCACCGACACCUUUGAACAGCAGUUCAGCCAAUUCCCUGAAAAGGAAAGCUUUCUAUAUGACAGGGCAAGGAGAAAUGGACUCCAGUUAUGGAAAUUUCAGCUACAGCCAACAGCGGUCGACGCAGAGCCCCAUGUACAGGACGGGAGACAGCAGCAUUUCAAGCGUGAGCAGGGGGAAUGGAUUUGACAGAAGUGCUGAGGCGUCGUCUUUGGCGUUUAAGCCGACGAAGCAGCUGAUGGCCCCGGAUCAGCAGAGGAAAUUCAGCGGUCAGUCCGGCAGGGCGCACAGCCCUCCGUCCUUCGCCCCGCCGAAGGGCUCCCUGGGAGGCUCGAGGACUGGCGAGGCGUUCGGCAAGUUCACGUCGCCCGUCAUGGGCGAGCACGGGGACGAGCACAGGUCGCACCUCCCCCACGCCAUGCCGGGGUCGGCGGUUGGCGCAGCUACCUCAUCCGCCCACCCCGCCGAGGACCAGCUGAAGAGCAGCGACCCGCGCCUGGUGGAGCUGGUCACCACAGAGGUCGUCCAGCAGGGCCCCCCGGUGGACUGGAGCGACAUUGCCGGCCUGGAGCUAGCCAAAGCCACCAUUAAAGAGGAGGUGCUCUGGCCCAUGAUGAGGCCGGACGUUUUCAGUGGCCUCCAGGCGCUACCUCGGAGCAUCCUUCUAUUCGGACCUCAGGGAACGGGCCGGAUGCUGCUGGGCCGGUGCCUAGCCAGCCAGCUGGGCGGCACCUUCCUCCGGCUCAGCGGCUCCGCCCUGGCGACCAAGUGGCUGGUGGAGGGGGAGAAGAUCGUCCAGGCCGCCUUCCUGGUGGCCCGGUGCCGGCAGCCGGCGGUGGUGUUCAUCAGCGAGGUGGACAUGCUGCUGUCCGCCCAGGUGAGCGAGGACAGCCCGGUGAACAGGAUCAAGGGCGAGCUCCUGAUGCAGCUGGACGGCGUGCUCAGCUCGCCCGAGGACCAGGUCCUGGUGGUCUGCUCCAGCAGCAAGCCCGAGGACAUCGACGAGUCGCUGAGGAGGUACUUCAUGAAGAGACUCUUCAUACCGUUACCCGACAGCACAGCAAGGCACCAGAUAAUCACUCAGAUGCUCUCACAGCACAACUAUUGCCUCAAUGACAAAGAGGUUGCACUGCUGGUCCAGCGGACGGAGAGCUUCUCCGGCCUGGACGUGGCCCGUUUGUGUCAGGAGGCGGCGGUGAGCCUUCUCCACGCCAUGCCCGGCGCCGACCUCACCGCCAUCCUGCCCGGCCAGCUGAGGCCCGUCACGUACCAGGACUUUGAGAACGUUUUUUGCAAAGUCCAGCCCAGUAUAUCACAGAAAGAAAUGGACACGUACAUGGAAUGGAACAAAAUGUUUGGGUGCGGCCAGUGAAGGGGAAGUUGGCAAGAACCGCAUGGGCGGCCGAGCGAGCGAGCGAGCGAGCGGACGGGUCUGUUCGAGAAGGACGGACGACGGCGCCCUCCAGCCGGGGGAGCGGAAGUGCAGACAGCAGCGGACGCCGUCUGGACAGACUUGAAACGACUGCGCUUUAAAAACGGGAGCCGGUAAAUCUACGAGUCGCAAACACAGAUCUUAUUUCAUGCUUGAUACUGCUGAAGCCAGCGUCACUUACAAAGGUGCAAGUGAGGUGACUUUGAAACGAUGGAGGCCCUCUGUUUGUAUAUAUCAUUCUGCUGUUCUUGAGAUUUAGUUGCUAUCAAGUGCCUAAAGUGGUGCUUUUAUCAUUUUGUAUUAUUAUUUGUUUGCCUCACAAUCUACAUUGGUGGCAUGUGCUAAUAUUAAGAGCUUUAACUUCAAACACAAGACUAAAACUAGAGAUGUGCUGUUAUAGGAGACAGUCUGAUUUUUGCCAUUGUAAGAGCAACAGUAUUCCUCAAUUGGGCCUGUUCUGCAGUACCAUGUGAGAACGGGAGCAGAUAGGGUAAUGGUAAUCCGGACCCUAAUUUGUAUAUGUCAUUUCAGUGUUCUGCCUGCAAAAACUCAGGAAAGUGAUUGUGAUUUGUACAGUACCUCAUAAGAUUGUGUGGAAGGCACUAUGUACUGCAUUAGGCUUGGUUUCUGAUUUAUACAUGAUCUGAAAAUGUAGGUUUACCUCAACAGGCUUAAUAGGAAAUGGCAAGAACAUGACGAUGAAUGUACCAGAUGUAUUCUGGAGAGAUGGGACAUAGUCAAUAGUAAGAAUUUGUUUUCUUUUCCAUGAAUUAAAGUGAAGAAUUUUUAUUGUGUUUUUUUUUUUUUUUUUUUUGAUUUACCUUUUUGAGAUGAGAGAGUUAAGGCCCAGUUUCUUGAUUUGUGUUUCUUCUCAAAUUCCAAAUUAUGUAUCAGUGUCCUGAUACUGAACUUCAGCCGCAGUACAUGAGAAGUGUAGGCCUACCGGUUAUUAUGGGAUGGGCGUAGUUGAUGAAGUUGAGGUAAUUCUAUUAAACCCUGCCCACAUGAAGAAUAAAAACAAAAAACAAAAACAGAACCCAUGUCGCGUAAAAUGCUACCGUGCUACCCCUGGCUCUCCUAUUUUGGAGAGCAUGUGGCAGGGCAGGAGCCAAAUUAAGACUUGCAUCUGCUGCUCAUAUUGUACAAGCUGAGCAUCUGGGGCCUGAAAAGGAUAAAUUGUUCUCCCCAAACACACAACGAAAUGGCUGUUGGUAGAGUAUGUGACUCCGCUGCUGCUGUCACGUGUAUAACAGUGGCUAAGGAUUACGUAUCACGUAUGCCAUACUUUCUGUUCUACCUCAGUCUAGGGUCAUUCUCUCUGAAAGCAGAACAUCUUAGGAUGGCUAGAUAUCAGAAACCCUUUGGUGUACUGAAUCAGUCUUUUUGAACAAAAAGAACGAAGGGUGUUGCCUUGGAUUUAAGUCGGUCGCGGUGCCCAAGCAGUCCUCUUUAGCUCUUUCGUACUUCUGUUUCCCCCGGUCCCCAGACAGAGGGAGGUUUUCCCAUCUGGAAAAGCUGUCACGGCCUGUCAUUUGGCAUGCGCCACUCCGUUCAGCUCGCUCCGUUUAAUGAUGCUAUGCUUGGAGUGCAGCUGUUUGCAAUGUCACGAAUGAGCACUGGGUAACAAGUCUGAGCAAGUCCGAGCUUUGGAAACAUGGGGAAGUCCAUUUACCUGCAUGAGAAAAAUGAAGCCUUGCAUUUGAAUGUAUUUUUAUUUUGCCUUUUCUUUUUAUCUUGUAUCAUUAUGAAAACUGUUGCUAAGCACUAGUCCUGUGGUAUGUAGCCAUACCACUUCAUACCACUGAAGGUUUUAAGAGCAGUUUAUAACAGGUGCACUGAGCGUUGUUUGUUUUCUUUCUCACACCAGUUUGUUUUGGUUUUAUUUUCCUGUCAUUGUAUGAGAAGUCAAGUAAUUCAUCCGUAUUUAUUACAUUUUUCAGUUAUUAUUUAAUUGUUGUUAUUCAUUUUUCAUGAAGUGACUACUUUUCCACUUUUAUGUUUUCCAUUGCUUGUUCCAUGCCAUUAUAGCAUCCAUUGAGAUACAGAGCGAUCUUCUAUUGAAUGUAUACUAACAAUAUUUCUUUUCCCUUUGAUGUAACAUGUUCCUAAAGACUACUGCCCUUGUUUGACCCAUAAAAUGACGUACAGUUGGCCUUAAACUGGUAAGAAAUAUGAUGUCCUCCUGACAGCUCUCUCAUUUAAAUUUCCCUAAGAGAGGUCAUACACUAAGAUGCCACACACUAAUAUUUUAUAAUUAGGGUGAUUGAAAAAGAGCGUUAAUAAUCCCAACAAAAGUGUUCAUUUGAAAUUCAUAAAUUUUCCUUGUUUGGCCAUAAACUUGACGUAUGGUUGUUGCAUCCAAUUUAAAACUUUUACUGAGGAUUAUUUUAAAAUAUAUACUUUGCCAGAAAUCUGUUUUAAAAUAUAAUUUAUAUACAUUAUGAAUGAACACUGUACGGUAAAGUACUGGAGAAGAUACUCUAGGGGCACUUAAAUGCAUUACUGUGUGGGGGAAAAAAGGAGUGUUACUAUGUUUAACAUUUUUUGCCCUCGUUAUUUAACCACUUUUGAAAUAUCAAUUUCAUCACGUAGCUUAAAACUCUGAAUCUAAUGAGCAAUUAAUCGAAAUGUCCUUUAAAAUAUUUGAUUUAUCUGAUACUAAUCUCUAUUUUCAAUCACCCUUGAAGGAACGGCAAAUUCAACAAUACAUUUUGUUUCCACGUGAGUUAAUUGUGCUCAAACUGGAAAUCUUUUUCUUUAAUUAGAAAAUGCUAAGCCAUGCUGCUGGGUGUUUAUCUGACAGGGACUGUGCAUUUUUUUUUUUUUUUUUUUUUUUUGUGUCUGUGUGUUUCAAGUCUUUGAUGGCAGUGGACAGGUUUAACUGAGGGCAGUGUAUUCUUCUCCCACCUUUCGGUUAUUUACUCUUUUACACUCGGCUCAAAAUUGGAGAUGCGUGUAGCUAUCAGUCUGUUCAUUAACUAAACCCACUUUUUUUCAGAAAUAUGGACAGACAUAAUUAUUCCACAAAACAAGGAGUGUUGCCUAAAUUAGGUGCAAUGGUAUGUGUGCUUUGCUAAUUCAGCUUCAUCCGCCAUUGCAGUUCUAUAUUUAUUCUGUAUGUCCCUUCAUAGAAGAGAUUAAGCACUCAAGCAAGAAAUUGCACUUCUAUUUUACAUUUGAGAGACACCAGAAUGGAUCCGCACAGCACAGAGAGUAGCCCAACUGCUGCCUGUCCAAUAGUAAAUAACUAGGAAAAAUCCACCUGCAGUACAUCAAGGUUACAAGCACAUUCAUUACUUCUCAUACAAUUCAACCAAAUCACUUGAAAUUUAUUUUUAACCAACAUUUGUCCCUUUUUUUCUUCCUGUUUUAGUUUUAUACAAAACUGCUAAGGAUGAUGUUUUUUUCACGUCUGUAUCUUAUGUUUAUAUUCGAGCAUUGUUCUUUAUAAACAUUUCUACCUCAUUGCUACAUAUUGUACAUGUAGUAUUUAUUUUAUGUCUUUUUGAAUGUCAUGCAUUUGUAACAAAAACAAAAAAAAACAUGAAAAAAGACUUGUCCUUGAACUCGAACAGUCUACCUCACAAAGAC